AUGGCAUUGGCAUUGGUCAACCCAUCUGCAAGUGCCACCAAUCCACAGCAGAAAGACCAGCUCCCCAACCCUUUUGAGCUUCAAGACUCUCAGAUCCGCUACAAGGUUUAUCUCACUCACGUCAAUGAUGACAAAGAGUACGACGGGGAUAUCCUUUUCAACCUUGUGUCCAACAUUCUCAACUCCGCCUCAGCUCAAGUUUCAGCAACUGCUAUUUCUGCCACAAGUUUCAAACCAGACUUCCCUACACUGAAGCGGCUCUCAUGUCAGAUGAUAACCACACGUGGAACUCCAGAAUGUGCACACCAGACAACACUCAAGAUUCUUCAGCAACUGAGUGGCUUCUCGUGGGAUGCGAAAGCGGUGAUAGCUCUAGCUGCAUUCUCUUUGGAAUAUGGGGAAUUUUGGCGGCUUGAUCGGGUUCAAAUAGCAGAUCAAUUUGGGAACUCUUUGAAGCAACUGAACCAAGUUCAGAUCAGCAGAAAGAUCCCUGCAGAUAUGACUGAUCUGGUCACAGUUUUAGGGGAAGUGCUUAAUUACAUCAAUCUGUGGGCAAAAUGGUCUUCCAUGGAUUACGACACUGAUGCAGUGCAUUCCUUGUUAGCUGCCAUGCAAGAGAUCCCUCUUGUUGUCUACUGGACAAUUGCUUCCAUUGUUGCUUCCGUUGGCAACCUCGUCGGCAUAUCGGAGCAUAAAUUAUCAGACUUUAAAGACAGGCUUAAUAAGAUUGUGAUAAAGUUAAAGUCUCAUCUGGAAAGUGGCAGAUGGGAAAUAGGGAGGAUACAAGAUUACAAAAUCCGCAUCGACAUUAGAUAUCCUAAAAUUAAAGAUGUUGUGGAUCUGUUGGACAUUCUUAUUAUUCCGGCUUCUGACAGUGGAACUUCCAUACCCAAAAUAUUUGAAGGCGGCGUCCAAAUUAAAAAUGGUAUUGAGGUGUUCAAGCAGAAAUACGUGAUGCUGUUCAUUUCGGGCCUUGACAGCAUUGGAGAUGAGAUUUUGCUUUUGAAUUCGAUAUAUAGGAGAUUGCAAGAGCACGCAGGAGAAGAAAUAAAUGGUUUCAAGAAAGGUGAUUUCAAGAUUUUAUGGAUCCCCAUUGUGAAUGAUUGGGACACAGAUAAGACAAGGAGGGAGCAGUUUUAUAAUUUGAAGGGAAGCAUGAAAUGGCACGUGGUGGAGUACUUCGAAAAGUUACCAGGAUACGAGAUAAUAGUGGAGAAAUUUAAAUACGAUGGCAAACCUAUAGUGACAGUGAUCAACCCUCAAGGGCAGAUAAUGAAUCAGAAUGCAUUGCAGAUUAUCUUCGAAUGGGAGAUCGAAGCGUUUCCUUUUAGGCAAAUUGACGUUGAUGAUCUCAACAAAAAAUGGAAAUGGUUUUGGAAUUUAUUGGAGAAAACAGAUGAUAAUGCAAAGCGGUUGGGAAGGGAUAAUACAAGUUACGUCUUCAUCUAUGGAGGUAACGACAGUAACUGGGUCCAAAACUUGAAGAACGCAAUUGAAAAAAUUGAGAAGCAUGAGAUAAAUAAUGUGGAUGUUAACAUAGAGCAGUAUCAGUUGGGGCAGGAUAACCCCGACCAUGUACCCUCCUUUUGGAUCGGCCUUGAUGGGAAGAAAAAGAAUAAGGAGUGUAAGGGAAAAGUGGAUUGUGAAAUUCAGGAAGUUGUGAGGACCUUGCUUUGCCUUAAACAAGAUCCAUUGGGAUGGGUUGUUCUUAGCAGAGGGCGUAACUUAAAGCUACUGGGUCAUGCUGAGCCUAUGUAUCAAACCGUGCUUGAAUUUGAGAAAUGGAAAAACACGGUGCUCGAGAAAGAAACCUUUGAUGUAGCCUUCAAAGAACAUUAUGAUGUGGUGAAAGAGAGAUAUGCUAGUCGACCAUAUGAUCAUACUUCAACUGUCCUAGCAACCAUAACUUGCCCAAAUCCCACUUGUGGACGCGUCAUGGAGGUCACAUCAAUCAAUUAUAGGUGCUGCCAUGGUAGUGCAAACAGUUGCAAUGUCUGA